AUGUCCCUUAGUCCUGCUGACGCUGCAGCAGGUCUCCAGACUGGCUUUGUGACUAACAUAGCUGUUUCCCUGCUCCCUCUCUCUCUCUCUCUCCCUCCCUCCCUCCCUCCCUCCCUCCCUCCCUCCCUCCCUCCCUCCCUCCCUCCCUCCCUCCCUCCCUCCCUCCCUCCCUCUCUCCCUCCCAGGCUGGCACACUCCUCUCUCUCAGUCCAACAGAUAAGAUCAUCUAAAUGUAAAUUCCUUUGACAGGCUGUUCGCUGUCUGUAGUAGUAAUGAUAGCGAUCAACCACCUUGACCUAGAAAUCUCAGCUUCACAGCCAGAUGUUUAUCUCUGAACGAACCACAAAAAAACAGCUUUUUAGGAAGCAUCAGAGGUGGCACUGGUCCUCUGGGGUUCUGUGUGUCCGGGUGAACGUCACUGGAGAGAGAGGCCAUGAACGGUCACUUACUGUACAAUCGGACAGUCAAGGGCAGUCAUUCAGGUGUAUUCCCUUAGCCCUGUGGAGGCAUACGGUCUACUCAGCAGUACUAUGGAUGGUAUUAUUGUCUAAAGAAUAACUCAUUCUACAUUGUUUGUGGGGCUAAAUCACCUCUCACUUGUGUUUACAAUGUUAAAUUUGCUUACCACAGCAAUAAGUUACCAACUACUAAUUCAACUAUUAACGUCAUUGUAUUUUCACUGACAAUGUCUUUUCAUGUGGGGCUAUGUUGGGCUAAGUGAUUUGCUCUCUUGCUGUGUGCCUCAGGAUGGUGAUAGUGACAGCACACCUCUUUGUGUGAAGAACAGGUCCGCCUUUGAGCACCAACAUCAUCACCUAUUGCACUGCUUGGAGAAAACCACCGUGAGUGCUCCUUUUUUGCCUUGGAAAUGUUUAAAGUAUCUCAUGGAUCAUUUUGUCUGAUAUAACUUUUUAUUCAAGGUUAUCACUCACUUUGAUGUACUUUAUGCACAUUCAGCAGUGUUACACUUAUGAUGUUUCACACUUUCAGCAGUUAUGAGCAGCUAUCAUAUUACAAUUAGAAAAACUGUAUUGUUCACGCAAUGUAGAAAUUUGUCUUUGGGCUUUACCACUUAAAAACAGACAUUAAACACCAUCAGGAGAACAUCAUCCUCGAGCUAUAGCAUGCAGCAACCUACAGCUAGUUCAAAGCUGUGAGGCUGUUCAGAGGCAUUUUUUUUCUUUAAAAUCCCAUUGAGACACAGAGUCUCUUUUGCAAGGGAGAUCUGGCCAAGAAGGCAGCAGUAGGCAAUACAUUAUCCAAAUGUAACACAAUCCAGCCUACAGGAAACAUUUACACUCCUCCUGAACAGCUUUGCACCAGAGUUUUAAACUCACUGUCUUCCUUUCUUGUAUGUGUCUACAGAAUCACGAGUUCACAGAUGAAGUCACAUACAGCGAGGUGUGUAUGACCGACUCAGUGGGCUUCCGCACCAGCCGCAGCACUUCGCUGUCCAGCCAGCAGGGGGCCACCACCACCUGCUGCUCCCGCCGGGCCAAGAGGAGGGCCAUCCGCCUUGCCAACUCCACUGUUUCUGUCAGCCGGGGCAGUGUGCAGGAGCUGGACACGCUGCACAUCACCAAGACUCCUGCUGGUACCCAGUACCCACAGAGGUACUGUAUCGCACACACUAUCCACCUGAUCCAAGGAGCCCACCUCUCCCUUUCUAUCUUUGCCCCACCACUGAUUCACCUGUAGAGGCUGUUGAUGUUUUAGUAUAUUUUGCUCCGGCCGAUUCAUUGAAAAUAACAUUCUGCUGAUCCUGAAUUACGAGCUGAGGCAAAGUUGUUCAAGCUCUGCUGGCUCUAACUAUUUUGAUGCUGUUGAUGUUUGUCAAAACAACCUCCAUGGGUUUAAUGAGAAAUGUACUGGUAGCCUAAAACCAUGCAAAAAAUGUUUUUGCAUUUGUCACUGUAGCAUGACUAAUGAUAGUUUAUUGUUUAGAGAAACAGUCGAUAAUGGUGAGAUUGCGCUUGCAUUUUUAUACAUAGUUGUUGUAGAUGGAUGUAUCACUUUACAGAGAGUGGAAGAACAAAUUACCUGUCUAGAAUACACUGAUCUACUUACAAUGAUUACACAUAAAAGUCCUCUCAAAAUAAACAAGUUGACUAUUAAGGGGAAUAUUGGCGUGCAUUGUCUAACUUGAUUUGUGUGUGUGUCUGAAAAGUCGCUCCAGUCUAAAUGCCAGGACUGAAGACCUGAAGCUGAACUGUGAUGACUACACAGCAGCCAUCAUCAGUAUCCCCACUCCCCCAGCCAACACUCCUGAUGAGAGCCUACCUAACUCGCCCGCCAUCCCUGGCAUCCUACGCAACUCUCGCUCCAGUACCUAUAACACCCAGGAAACUGUCAAGAUCUCUUCUUUAUAA